CCGUUCCUCAGGCGGCCCGGCCCGGCCCGCCCGCCCCGCGUCCCCUCCGGCCGGUGCCUCUCCCCCCGGCGGGCUGCCUGCAUGUCUUUGCUGCCCUCAGCCCCGCCGCCACCGCCGCCGCCGCCUCCCCCGCCGCCGCAGCACCAGCACCAGCAGCAGCCGCCCCGCCGCCGCCGUCGCCGCCGCCGCCCGGACCCCGGCGCGCUGAAUGCAGACUAAUAGGGAUGCCAAAGGAAAAAUAUGAUCCUCCAGAUCCUCGAAGAAUUUAUACCAUCAUGUCAGCAGAGGAGGUAGCCAAUGGGAAAAAAUCUCACUGGGCAGAAUUAGAAAUCUCGGGUAGAGUGCGGAGCUUAAGUACAUCACUUUGGUCAUUGACACACUUGACAGCACUGCACCUAAAUGACAAUUACCUUAGUCGCAUUCCACCUGAUAUUGCCAAGCUUCAUAAUCUGGUUUACCUGGAUCUGUCAUCCAAUAAACUCAGAAGUUUACCAGCAGAACUAGGAAACAUGGUGUCUCUCAGGGAAUUGCUUUUAAAUAACAAUCUGUUACGGGUUUUGCCUUAUGAACUUGGUCGGCUCUUCCAGCUACAAACUCUAGGUUUGAAAGGCAAUCCUUUAUCACAGGAUAUUCUCAAUUUAUACCAGGACCCAGAUGGAACCCGAAAGCUACUGAACUUCAUGCUUGACAAUCUUGCAGUUCAUCCAGAGCAGCUUCCUCCGAGGCCAUGGAUUACAUUAAAAGAACGAGACCAAAUUCUGCCAUCAGCAUCAUUCACGGUUAUGUGUUACAAUGUGUUAUGUGAUAAAUACGCCACCCGGCAGCUAUACGGCUAUUGCCCAUCCUGGGCAUUAAACUGGGAAUACAGGAAAAAGGGAAUUAUGGAAGAAAUUGUUAACUGUGAUGCAGAUAUCAUUAGUCUUCAGGAAGUGGAAACAGAGCAAUACUUCACUCUCUUUCUGCCAGCAUUGAAGGAGCGUGGAUAUGAUGGAUUUUUUUCUCCAAAGUCACGUGCCAAAAUCAUGUCUGAGCAGGAGAGAAAGCAUGUGGACGGUUGUGCAAUAUUCUUCAAAACAGAAAAAUUUACCUUGGUGCAAAAGCAUACAGUGGAAUUUAACCAGGUGGCAAUGGCUAAUUCAGAUGGAUCCGAAGCUAUGCUGAACAGAGUGAUGACAAAAGAUAAUAUUGGUGUCGCUGUGGUAUUAGAGGUCCACAAAGAACUAUUUGGAACAGGUAUGAAGCCUAUUCAUGCUGCAGACAAACAGCUGCUUAUAGUGGCGAAUGCCCACAUGCAUUGGGACCCAGAGUAUUCUGAUGUGAAACUCAUCCAGACCAUGAUGUUUGUCUCAGAGGUUAAAAACAUUCUGGAGAAAGCCUCUAGUAGGCCUGGCAGCCCAACCGCAGAUCCUAAUUCCAUCCCGCUGGUGCUAUGUGCAGAUCUUAACUCAUUGCCAGAUUCAGGUGUCGUGGAAUAUUUGAGCAAUGGAGGAGUAGCUGACAACCAUAAAGACUUCAAGGAGCUAAGGUACAAUGAGUGUCUUAUGAACUUCAGCUGCAAUGGCAAGAAUGGGAGCUCAGAAGGGAGAAUCACACACGGCUUCCAGCUGAAGAGCGCCUAUGAAAAUAACUUGAUGCCUUACACCAAUUACACCUUUGAUUUCAAAGGCGUGAUUGACUACAUUUUCUAUUCCAAGACUCAUAUGAACGUGCUUGGUGUCCUGGGGCCUUUAGAUCCUCAAUGGCUGGUUGAGAACAACAUCACUGGGUGUCCGCACCCUCACAUCCCUUCAGACCACUUCUCACUGUUAACACAACUUGAACUCCACCCUCCACUUCUGCCUCUUGUCAAUGGUGUUCACUUGCCUAAUCGGAGGUAGUGGAGUACUGCCCCGCAACGACGGGGGAGCUGUUGCUAUGGACCUGUACAGUUGUAAAUCAAAGUAUGUAGGAGUGAAGUAUGGCCAUCCUUAAGCUGCUUCUUCAGGUUCCUUUCAUUAUGUGUUUGCUCUAAGAUUUUGUACAUUUUUGUGCAUAUUGGUAUCAUUUGGCACUAGGGCUGGAACCAAAGUAUUACUCUUUCCAAAUUUUUAGUUUAACAUGUUUUUAAAUUCGACCUUCUUCAUAUUAUAUUAGGAGCCAACAUUCAUAAUUAAUAAAUCACCAAUUUAAGGCCCAACAAGAGUGUAUUUGUUUUUCCAAAACAAAUACUUUCUUUUGAAUGGUUUCAAAUGAGCCAACCAUUUUUGUAAAAGGCAAUUUUUAAAAACUAUAAAUAUGACAUUUUAAACUGAAUGAUGGCAUGCCUUACAGGAAAAGUUUCUUGGAUUUCUGUUUUCCAUUAUAACAAACUGAUUUUUGGCUCCCCAAGUCUUUUGCACAUUAACAAAGCACUUAAAUUUGCUAGAUCUGUACAUAAACUAUGAUACAGCCUUUAACCAUAAUAUGAAAAAUAGAGAAAUUAAAGAUGGUUGCACAAUAUGCUUUCAAAAUCAAGCAUUCAAUAGCACAUGACAGUUUGUUGGGCAAGCGCUGGUUUUGGUUUUUUUUUUUUUUUUUUUUUUUGAGGAAUCACUGUAUUUAGUUCCUCUAUUAGUUAUAACCUCAUUAGAAGUAUUAAUUUUAAGCCUUUCUGUCCAGUUUAUUUAUUGGGAAAUAGUGGGUAAUUUCUACUGCCACUCAUCUUGAAAAUAGGAUAUGUUAUAUUUUAGGUUGCCCACAAAAUUAGGGUCCAGUAUUUUUCAUUAUUCUCAUCUACCUUUUUUCUGUCUGGUUGUGCUAGAGAAACAGAUAUUAUAUGAUCUGUAUAAUAAUUUUUGCUGUUAUAGUCAAAUGUUUAAAAAAAUAAGCAAACUACUGAAUAAAAACCCCCGAUCCAAGUUUUAAAAGGGAAAAGCGAUACAGAUAUCUCAUGUGUUUCCUGAAGUAGGACAAGUGGCUACUAGUUUUGGCUUUUUGAGGUAACAGUGGAAAGGAUUUGGUUGGGGGCGGCGUAGAAAGAACAGGGAGUAGCUGAAAACCUCGGAUCAUUUUUUCCUGACUCUAGUUGCCAAAUGGCCAUUAUAUGCUUUUAAUCUUUGUUUCUGUUGUCUGUCAGGGUUGAAUUAAGAAGCUACUGGUUUAUUCCCAACUGUCGAUGCUCUUUAGAAGUGUUGGAAUCCUUUUUUUGCCCAGGAGGGGCCAGUUAAAAAUCUGUGACUCAAGAGGCAGUGAACGUAAUACUGUUUUCUGGGGGAAAAAUUGGUUGGCUACUUGAUGUUAAUUAUGGCACAGUUAACAGGAAAAGGUUGUGUCUGUGUUUUUAAGUUUUUCUUUAUUCUGCUUUUUUGCUGCUAUAAGAGUUUUCUGAAAUUUAUAUUUUAAACUUUUCAUGCACUUUACUGUUUCUAGUCUCAAAAUGUGAUAUUUUUAAUAAACAAGAAAUUUUCCAUUAUGUGAAUGAAAUUUUAAAAGAAAAUAGCCUAUAUUUGUGUCUCACUAAUAUAUAAAGUACAGGUCAAAUUUAAAUUAUUUGAUUAGUUUUAAAUAUAUACAAUUUGCCUCCUCUUUCAAACCUAACACCUUAGGCUGUUUUAUUAGUCUUAAAUGAUGCAUUUCCUUUGGUCCUUUCAUACUAAUUUCUUCCAUAGUAAAUUAAUCAGGCUGUAUAAGAUAAUACUUCCCCAGAAGGAUAAUUUUAGUGGGACGAGGGUGGUGGGAUGAUGUAAUGUCAGAUACGGGAUUGCAUCAGAAGGGUUCUGUAAAGCCUAAACUCCCUUUUAAAAGUGCCUAGUGAUAGAGGCGUUGUUUGUCAUCUAUUAUAAUUGGAAUGUCAUUGUAGUUGAGUGAAGUUUGAUGUAAAUAAAAUAUUCUUUUAAAAAUGGUAAAGUACCAGAAUAAACAAACAAAUAACAAAGAAACAACCAUUAAGGUGACAGAUUUUCCUCAGUGUGCAGGUAUCCCUUCUUAUAUACCUCAAACAUUCAACAUCUAGCCAUGCAAAUUGAUUACCUGAACCAUAGUACUGGAAAGUAGAAUAGCAUGAAAAACUUAAUUUUGUGGACAUUACCUUUUUUUGUAAUCAGCUACUGUAUGUUUUAUUUUAAAUCUUUUGUUUUGGGUGGGUUUUCUGCUCUGGAGGUAUAUGCACUAACAAAACAUUUUCCUCCUUUCAUAUACGCAUGUUAAUUAGCAAUGUGAGCAAUAUUUCCUACCAUACUUCACUCCCAAUAUUUUUUGAGAUGUUUGUAUAAAAUGGAAUUUAAAGUUCACUUAUGAUUGUAUAUGAACCACAGAGGAGCCCAUUUAUUAAUAAAAAACUUUUUUAAUAGUUAAAUGUAGAGGGAAAAAAUAAAAAAAAAUUGGGAAACAUUGUAAACAGCUUAAGUUUAUUUUGUGUAUGAUCGAGGCACUCUGUUGCAGGAAGGUGUGUAAUUGGGUUCUCUCUGCUUCCAAAUGCACUCUUUCAAAGCAUUCAUUAUCCUGUGUAUUUUUAAUGUGGUUUUAGUAAAUGUUGGUAGUAGCUCUGUUGAAGUAGGUAAUUGUGUUAUGUUUUGGGUGGCACACACACUUGGGGCAUGGUAACCCAAAUUUCAUGUGCACGGUUUCCCUUUAGCCCACUGCCCAGAUUUCACACACCUUUCACCCUUUGUUCCCUUUGUAAAAGGAGUGGUAUCUGUUUUGAGCUGCCAAUUCAGAUGAUCAGAAAUGCUGCUCUCCUCAGUAUUGUCUCGUUACAAUGCAUGCCGUUUGGAACUUUGGCAGUGAGAAGCCAAAAGGAAGAGGUGAAUGACAUAUGGUAUAUAUUCAAUGAAAGUCAAUAUUUAUGCUUAUAUACUUUCUAGUUCUCAGAAUCUAAGUUUAAUAAGCUUUAUGCCAUUGGGGCUGCUGCAUAUUUUAUCUGAAGCUAAGAGAAAAUUUGGGCAUUUUUAGGUUGUGAUAAUGUGUGUUUUUUUUAACUGUUAAAUAUGAUUUCUGAUAAUUGUCUAAGAACUGGAGUGUUCCUUAAAUUUAUUAAAACAGUGUUGUUUGAGGAAGGGAAAACUGCACUGUUUGCUCUUACAGCAGUCAUACAAGUGCAUGUCAAGUCACCCACUCUCUCAGGCAUCAGUAUCCGCCUCAUAGCUUUACACAUUUUGAUGGGGAAUAUUGCAGCAUCCUCAGGACUGACAUCUGGGAAAGGCUCAAAUCCACUUACUGCUCCUUGCUUGUUGACUUUGUUUUAAAAUAUUGUGCCUGGUGUCAACUUUUAAGCAACAGCACUGCCUAAAAGCAAGCAGAGAACAGAAUCCCAGCACCAUUCUAUAGGCAACUUUUUAGAAUUCAGAUAUAGUAAAUCUGUUCAAGAUUUAUGAUGUUUUAUGUAAAAAAAAUUUUGUACAACGUAGCUGAAUAUUUUUGUUUCAUUUCUUUGAUGUAAGGCGUGUGAACGUUCGUUUGAAUAUCACAUGUUAAAGUCAGGUAAUGGCACAAUGGGUUCUGAGACCAGCUUCCCGCCCCCCCCCAUUUGCCUUGUUCCAAGCUCUUUCUUUUCAAAUUACUUUUCUGAUAUUCAUAGGCAGAUAUUUAAUUUUACUAAUAAGCAUCCUGUGUGAAUGUAUUAAAGAAGCCACUGUGUUUUAGUGUUGUAGUUUGCAGAAAUAUAAAGCUUCUUUUCUUAUUUGUCCCUGUUAUUUGGUGUGUUACAGUUAUGUAUUGAAUCACAGAGAAGGGAGAAAGUUGAAAGAUACCUAAGGCUCAUAUCACUUGAUUCUUUGGUGGGUUGUGUUAGAAUUGAGGAUGUGGCACAUUAAAACUGGAACAUAGGCAAACAUAACUGUGUUCCAUUUUAAAAUUGUAUCUCCUAAGUAUCUCUUAUUAAGUGGGUGAAAAAUUGAGUUUGUAUUUGCAUUUCCAAGAGUUUCUAAAAAUCACAAAUGCUCUCUAUACUUUCAAAUCAAAUAGCAAGAAGUAGAGAAAGCACAAGACAAAAUAGAUUAAAUAUGUUCUUUGAUGGAAUGAGAGGUAUGUGGUUUUCAUUCCUAAUACAGGGCUAGGUUUUCUAGCAAAUUGACUGUGUCCCAGUACUUACCAGUACUUGUUUGUUUUUAAGUCUUAUAUUCUGAGAGAUUUUAAUAGCUUUGUAAAAUGUACCGACUGAGCAGUAGCUUUGGUCACAGAAAACAUAGUUUCUGAUACAUUUGGCAGGCCAUAGAAUAAUGGUUACAUAGCAAGCAAUGACUUUAUGGCACGUUUUCAAAAGUAGCACUCAUAUAUACCUAUAUUUUGACAGAAAUGUGAAUUCUCACAUUUAUGAGGUACUCUCUUUCUCUCCGACCUGCCCUACCCUUUUAAGAAAAAAAUCAACUUUUUAAUGUGUAGGUUUGUUUAACCUUUUCCUUCUGAAUUAUGUCAUGUUUAUAGAACUCUGAGAAUUCUAGGUAGAUAAAUUAACUAGGAAAAGUGGAAUAUUUUUCUAAGCCAGGAACUUCAACUAAAGUUUUCAGUUUGUAGGCAGAUGAGAACUUUUAUACUUAUGGUUGCUUUGAUUUAAUUUUUUUAUGGCAUCAUGAUCACCAAAUUCAAAUUGAGACUUAAAUAAAUUAGUACACCUUUAACCUGGCUUAUUUACCAAAGUUGACAUCUGUUUCCAGAACAGGAUGGCAAGAGCAUCUUUCAUUUUACAGAAUGAUUUGGAAAUGUUUAUUGUAUAAGCAUCAUCUUAAAGCUUCUGGGGAAGAAGAAAGAAGAAAGCUCUUUAAGCUAUACUGCAGGGUGUUCUGAAUAAGAUCCAGGAAAAGAAAAAAAAAUUCUUUUCAGGAAGGUGGUUAGGGAGAGCAUGCAUGUUUUAUUAUUUUAACCAAAUGCCUUCUUUAUGUAAGUUUCUCUGUUGAAUUACUCAAGUCCUACAGCAAGAAGUAGGGAGAUAACUAGGAAAAACAAGCUUGGUUAACCUACUUAGUAAUUCCUUUUGGCCUAAGUUUGUUUGGGUUAUUUUUGGAAUCAAAGGAAAACAAGCAUGUUGAGGUUUUAUUCAGCAUACGUUAUGACAUGGAAGUAAUGGAAUGUUUUUAAGUAAAAUUUUACUUUCAAAGCAUAUGAAAUAAGGACAUUUCUGUCAACUAAAUAUUCAUUUUUUAUGGCACUUAGUAUAAACUCAGUAGCAUUGUCCUGAAAUUAGAAAUUGCGUUAUCAGAAACAAUAAAUCACAUAUUGAAAAGGGUAUGUAAAUGCCAAGUGAUAUGACUCUUUUGGCAUAGUACCUUGGUACAUACAGCUUUCCGAAACUUUGAGAAGUCAUAGUUUGGCACCUGUUAGUAGUUCUUUGUUUCAACAGUCUCCCCCAGAUUUAGAUAAUUUUCCUACUUGUGUAUCUGUCACUUUUAACUCUAAAAGUAUAAGAAUCAUGGUAACCCUCUCAGAAGUGGUCCGUCCUUGCUUAUUUUAGUUUUGUGUUAAUUUCUAGUUACUUGACAUAUAACUGUAUUUUCUUUGAAGCUAACAAUGGUUAUAUGUACCACAUUCGUUUAGUUAGUUAUCUUAACUCACACAAUUGGCUCAGCAUUGAUGUGUCCAACAAUGGCUUUGCUUCUUAACAGGCUUAGUUUCCUGCUACUUGUUUCAGUCUUGAUACAGUAAGUGAUGCAGUAGUCUGGGUGUGUAUGUAUUCAGAAGCUGUACUGUUCUUUCUCUGUGCUUAACUUGCUAAAAAUAUAUUCCCUUACCUGUGAAAUUCCUGAGCGGUGCUCUGCCAACUUUUUUGGGGGGGCGGGGUGGGGAGGAGUUUGGAUGGCUGUAUUACUGCACACUGGAUCUGGAAUUGUUCAGUGUUGUGAGUGGCAAAUUUCUUAAACACCAGCAGCACUGAGAAGUGCACUAUGGGCAUUCGUACAGUUGUCCAAAUGUAAGCAUUUCUUUCAUCCAGGAGAAGUUGAGGAAUAGAGUUCAUUGGAGUCCUUGGAAUAUUUUGAGGAUGAGCAUUUCAAACUUUGGCUUUUUUACCUCUGGAUGGGGUGGUAUGGAGGGAGUUUUGGUUUUUGUUUUUGUUUUUUAAGAGAAAGUGUGUGUUUGUACCUUCUCUUUCGGAAAGGCCAGGGUGUUGAUCACAUUCACUAUGGGUUAAUUUAUAUCUUCCGUUGUGAUUUCUUUCAACCAUAAAACAAGUGCCAACUAAAUAUCCAUGAGACGAUCUACUCUUCAACUCAAUUUACCAUUUGAAUAGGGAAAGGUUCAUUUAUUUUCAUUAUUUGGCAUUAAGUUAAUAAUUCAUUGUUUUGCCUAAAUUUGAGUCAUUCUGUGGCCUAUAAAGUGUUUUUGUAACUAAUUUAAUGGUUGGUAAGCAAAGCACUUCAGUUUAAAACUGAACAAGAUAUUUCGGUAAUUUUUCCUCUGAAUACUUGGGGGUUUCUACUGAUACUAUUUCAGAACAGAUUCUCCUGUUUUAGGUUGUAUAUUUACUUUGUUUUUGUCCUAAGAAAAAGCCAAGCACUAAAUCAAUUUGUUACUGUGUUCCAGUAAUCAGUUUAAGAUCUAAGAUUUUCCUUUCUUUUUCUUUUUUCUUCUUUGUGUUCUUUUUUUUAAAAUUCAUUCUCUUUUUAAUUAGAAGACUUAAUGAAGUGCCAUGUAAUUAUAGCUUACUCGUGUUUAAUGUUUCAUAGACUGGUUCUGUGGUGUCCUAAUCAUUUAACACUCUGUCAUCCUUGGAGAAAGUGGUUCUGCUCUUACUGAACACAUUCUCUCUGACAAAAUCACCAGCUGCUUUAUUUUUCUAUUUAUUACAGUUAAACAGUUGAUGAGGUCUGAAACUUGAGCAAACUGCUCAGCUGAAAUGUUUUCACAAUAGACACUGUACAAAAUAUGCGUGCAAAAGGACACAGUUGGGUGGUAGUAUUUUUUCAUUAAUGUGAACAUUGACUAAACAAAGCAGUCCUGCCUUUUAAAUCUUGUGGCAGCUCAGAGGGAGGUGCUUAAGAACCUUAACUACUAUGUCAGAUGACAAAAUACUUUUUUCCAUUUUGGAGAUUGGGUACUGCUCACACAUGAUGUAUAGGGCUAAAUAUAUGCUUGUUUCCUUGCACCUGUGUACUUCUCUUCUCUCCCUCCCUUUCCUUCCCCUGUAGGCAAUAAAUGGCCAUUUUGCAACUGCA